ACAUUUGCUUUCAGUUAAGUUUUCCAUUAUUUGAACUUUGUGAGAGGGCGGUGUAAUUGUUGAGGGCUUGUACGAACAGCGUUACUGAGAAACAAUCCAGAUCAUCUCAUUUCUGAGUUGUAGAGUCACAGAACUUUUAAUCAAGUUUGAUCCUGCAGGGUUUUUAAAGCAUCUGUUUCUGUUUUAGCCUUUUCUGUGGAGACAAGAGACGAGCAAAGUCUUAAAAUGUGGGACACAAGGAAGCUGCUUCUUGCUGGGUUUAUUUGCAUAGUUUUCUCUCCCAAAUUGUCUGCAGGGGCCACAAAAGUACUGGACAUGACCCCUGAUGCCGUAGACGACCUUUACACUGGAUGCCGUGAACAGGCAAUGAAGACGUUCAUCGACUCAGGCUUGUUGACACAAGAGCUGGAUCGUGAUGAGGGAUUCAAGAAAGCAUGGACUGAUAAUGAAAAGUGUUCAAAGCUGAUCCAUGGAGGAGUAAAAGAACACACUACUGCCCUUUCAGCCAUAGUUAACGGGGAUCAAGAUUUUAGAAACACCUUUAAUAAUGCAGUGAAGAGACUGGGAGUGAACGAAAGCAUCUAUGAACGCUCUUUCCAUUUCAAAUCUCUUCACUUCCUACUCAUGGAUGCAAUUAAGCUUGUGCGAAAUCCAAACACAAAGCAGUGUAGGACUUUGCAUUUACUCACAGACAAAUACACAGCACAGGUUGGCUCAAAGGUGAGAUUUGGAGGGUUCACCAUAGUCACUGAUAGCUACAGUGAGCUGCAGAAGUUGGAAGACUGGGAUGGGCAAUUUAUUUUUAACAUCACCUCUUGCUUUUUCCUCAACCUGGAUGACUCAGUUUGCAGUAAGGAUUCAAAUAUGGUGCUCUUAUCUCCAGCUGAAGAGUUCACAGUGAUGAAUGUGACUAAAGUAAAUGACCAGGUGAACGAGGCUGAAUACACUGCCAUCAUUUUGGAACAGCCAGAAAUGAGAAGCUCACACAACUGUUACAUUUUCUCACGGUCCCCAGCUGUGGUUUCAGCUCAGUGGCUCAUGUUGGUGCUCGUGGUUUGGCCUCUCCUCUUUUUAUCCUGAAACUCUUGUGGGAACAAAUUUAGGACUUCAGACUGCACUGAGAUUUGUUACAGCACAAACACUGCUUUGUUUUUCCAUUUAAACAGUGAACAAUCUGUCCUGCAGAUCAGCCUGCUGCUCGCUUUUGUCCACUUUAAAAUAUACUAAAACUACUUUUAAAACUGCUUCUAUGAUUUAUGCACACUGAAACAGCCUUUCUUUUAAAUAUAACAGCAAAUAAUUACUUUAGUCAACUUAUGAACAGCUGCCUUUCUUUUGGGAUAUAAAGACAAAAUGAAGUUAUUGAUAUCAGUGUUAUUUUCUGCAUUUAACAGCAGAAAUGUGACACUUUCAGCGGAUAAUAUCAGCUUAUAUGUAAGAGCUGAGCUGCGUGAGAUGCAUGAACAAAUAAAGUGAUUUAAUAGUU